GGCGGUGCGGUGCGGGGGGAGCGGCCAUGGCGCUGUCGCGCGCCGAGCGGUGCCUGGCGCUGCUGCUGCGGCUGCUGUCGCGCGCCUGCCUGGCGCUGCUCGCGCUCGCCGGCCCCGCACCGCCGCGCGCCGUCCCGCCGCCGCCGCGCGCCGUCCCGCCGCCGCGCCGCGCGCUCCUGCUGCUGCCCGCCCGGCAGCUCGCCGCACGCCUGCGCGCGCGCCAGGUGACGUGCGUGGAGGUCGUGGAGACGUACGUGGAGAGGAUCAGGGAGGUCAAUCCGCUCAUCAACGCCGUCGUUAAGGACAGGUUCGAGGAGGCGCUGCAGGAAGCUCAGCAGGUAGAUCGGCUGCUCGCGGAGGGUCCCGGCGAUGACUACCUGGAGGAAAAGUUCCCCUUGUUGGGGGUUCCUGUCACUGUCAAGGAGGCCUUUUCUCUUCACGGGAUGCCCAACACAUCUGGCUUGGUCAACCGCCGCAACGUGAUUGCCACCUCGGAUGCCACGGUGGUGUCCCGGCUGAAGCAAGCCGGUGCCAUCCCUCUGGGUGUGACCAACUGCAGCGAGCUGUGCAUGUGGUACGAGUCCAGCAACAGGAUCUACGGCCGGUCCAACAACCCCUAUGACCUGCAGAGGAUCGUGGGAGGCAGCUCAGGGGGAGAGGGCAGCGUCCUGGCAGCCGCCUGCUCCGUCAUCGGCGUGGGCUCCGACAUCGGCGGCAGCAUCCGCAUGCCAGCCUUCUUCAACGGAGUCUUUGGCCACAAACCCACCACAGGGGUGGUGCCCAACGACGGCCAGUUCCCGAAUGCCCAAGGGGUCAGAACCAGCUUCCUGUGCACGGGGCCCAUGUGCCGCUAUGCAGAGGACCUGGAGCUAAUGCUGAGGGUCAUGGCUGGCCCUGGAGUCAACAGGCUGAAGCUGAAUGAGAAGGUGUCUCUGGAGAACAUAAAGUUUUACUGCAUGGAUCAUGACGGUGGGUCCGUUUUUGUGUCACCUGUGGACAAGGAGAUCUUGCAGGCCCAGAAGAAGGUGGUGGAGCACCUCCAAGGCGAGCUGGGGGUCCAAGUUCAGCACGUGGUGAUCCACAAGAUGAAGUAUUCCUUCCAGAUCUGGUCAGCCAUGAUGUCAUCCAAGGACAGCAAUGGGGAGGAGGCACAGUUAUUCACAGACCUGCUGGGGGACCACGGGAAGCCGGUGUGGCCACUGUGGGAGCUGAUGAAGUGGCUGGUGGGGAUGUCUUCCCACACUUUCCCAGCUAUUGCCCUGGGGCUGACGGAGAAGCUGAUGAAGCUGAACCCUGGUGGGAAUGCCAAGCUGGUGAGCAUGGGGAAGAGCCUGCAGGAGGAGAUGGAGGCACUGCUGGGCCCGGACGGGGUGCUGCUCUACCCCUCCCACCCCACCAUGGCUCCCAGGCACCAUUCCCCCAUAUGCAUGCCCUUCAACUUUGCCUACACAGCCAUCUUCAACGCUGGCUUGCCGGUGACACAGUGCCCGCUGGGGCUGGGCCGCGAGGGGCUGCCGCUGGGCAUCCAGCUGGUGGCUGCAGCCCACAACGACCACCUGACGCUGGCCGUGGCCAGGUACCUGGAGAAGGCCUUUGGAGGAUGGGUUCUACCUGGCCAAGUUUAGCCUGGGCUCCUGGCACUGCAGGGAAGGGAGAUGAUGGUGCCCAGCAAGGUGGCAGUGGGUGCUGAUCCUGAGCCUGCCGUGGCACUCCCUGCUCCCUCCAGCCCCUGGGGAAGCCGGGCUGGAGCUGCUGGAGCUGGCUGCUGGCUGCAGCACCCUGUGCCAGGGGAGGAACCUGCUGGCCUCACUGCCCCUCAGGAGCCCCAAGGCAGUGGGCUGGCAGCAGGCUGCCCACGUCCUGCCUGCAGCACAUCCCUAUCCUGGACAUGGAGAUGCUGUCCCUCUGCUGCCUGAUGCUUUGAAGGUGCCAAGUGGAAGCUGGGAGGAGGAGGUGCUGCCAGGCUGCUGGGGGGACAGGCUGCUCAGCACCAGCCCCCUGCGUGCAUCCAUCCAUCCAUCCUUGGCCUUAACCUGCCCAUGGGGCAGGGACUGCACCCAAUGCACUGCAGUGUUGCCAGGCCCUGCAGCUUCCCUGAGCUGCCACAGGGUUCUCCCAGCCCUCUAACUGAAAAGGGAGAGGGCCUGAGGGUACUGGGGGCAGCUGGACCUUUGUCUCACUGGAGGUGCUUCCUGGGGCAGGUGGUGUUGGGCUCUGCCUGGUGUGGAGCUGCUGGGCAAGGGAGAUGGAGAGUUUGCACUUGGAGCUUUUGACAGCACUGGAAGAGCUCUUUAACUGCUCCUCUCCUGUGCUGAGUCAGCUACAGCAUCUCCUGCCUGUAUCUUCCCCUUCUGCCCUGGAGGCAUCACCCAGCCUGGCUGGUGGCUGCUCUGCCCCCCCUGAGCAAAUGCAGGCAGGAUCCUGGGCAGGGGGCUGUUCCUGGAGCAGGCAGCAAGCCUAAGAUGUUCUGGGUGAGGCUGGUAUUAAAGAGUUUGUCCAGUU